UAAUACAUAAUUGUAUAUCAUUCGCAUAAACCUUAAGCUUCACUUCUAAGAUGCCACUUUUUUCCCCUCAGGAUAUAUAUUACGUAGAUGGCAUCUUAUUCUUAAUGAUGUUCUAUUAAAAAAUUAAACAUUAAAUUUAAAAAUUCCAGCAGUUUUUACAACGUUAUAAAGGCACACGUGUGGGCUCAGCUCACAGCCAGAUAAGGUUACCUUCUUCUUCUUCUUCCUCUUCCUCAUACUCUCACGACAUUCUUACCUUCUUUCUCUCUGAACGCUUAAAUGCCGAGAAGUUUAGAGCCGUUGGAUCUUGGAAUCCAGAUACCGUACCAUUUCAGGUGUCCAAUCUCACUAGAGCUGAUGCGUGACCCAGUCACCGUCUGCACCGGUCAAACCUACGAUCGAACAAGCAUCGAAUCAUGGGUAUCCACCGGUAACAACACCACGUGUCCAGUCACACGCGCUCCUUUGACCGACUUCACACUCAUCCCGAACCACACUCUCCGCCGUCUCAUCCAAGAAUGGUGCGUCGCUAACCGCUCCAACGGCGUCGAGCGUAUCCCCACACCCAAACAGCCAGCUGACCCCACCUCCGUUCGCGCUCUCCUCAGCCAAGCCUCCGCGACGUCGGGAACUCACGUCUCGGCUCGCUCACGCGCCGCCGCUCUCCGUCGUCUACGUGGAUUCGCGCGAGACUCCGAGAAGAACCGCGUUUUGAUCGCGGCUCAUAACGCUAAAGAGAUUCUGAUUAGGAUUCUUUUCUCCGACGAUAUCGAUUCAUCGGAGUUGGUCUCUGAAUCGCUCGCUCUUCUCGUUAUGUUCCCGAUGACGGAGCAUGAUAAAUGCGUUUCGAUCAUUUCGGAUCCGGGUCGGGUCGAGUUUUUAACCCGGUUACUGUUCGAUUCCUCGGUGGAGACACGUGUCAACGCAGCCGCGUUGAUCGAGAUGGCGGUUACAGGAUCGAAGGAAACGGUUUCGAAUUCCGAAUCCAUUUUCGAAGGAGUCCUCGAUCUUCUACGUAAUCCGGCGUCCUCGUACCCGCGGCGAGCUCUCAAGAUCGGAAUCAAAGCGCUCUUCGCGCUCUGCCUCUCGAAGAACACGCGCCACGUCGCGGUCUCCGCCGGCGCGCCGGAGAUUCUGAUCGACAGGCUCGCGGCGGGGUUAGACAGGUGCGACACGGAGCGAGCGUUAGCGACGGUGGAGAUUCUCUGCCGAUCUCCGGAGGGAUGCGCGGCGUUCGGCGAGCACGCUCUGACGGUGCCGGUUCUUGUGAAGACGAUUCUGAGAGUUUCGGAUCGGGCGACGGAGUACGCGGCGGGGGCGCUGCUGGCGCUUUGCACGGCGGAGGAUAGGUGGAGAGACGAGGCGGCGGCGGCGGGAGUGGUGGUUCAGUUGUUGCUGAUGGUGCAGAGUGAGUGUACGGAGAGGGCGAAGAGGAAGGCGCAGAAGCUGCUGAAGCUUCUGAGAGACUCGUGGCCUGACUACUCCUUCGCUAACUCCGAUGAUUUCGCCUGCAGCGAAGUGGUCCCCUUUUGAUUUUUCUUUAUUGUUUCAACAGUAAUUACAUUUUUUUUUUAGUCUUUUAUAUUUUCUGAUAAAAUAGAAGGAAGUGUGGUCAUUUCUUAUGUGUAUUUUGAUGGAAAAUGUGAAUUAAGAAAAGAAAAAAUACAGAAGUUUUGAUGAGCAUAAGUUAGGUUAUAUGCAUUA